AAAUCCCACACGCCGACGCCGAGCAGUUACCGCCAGACGACGUGCCCUCUCCCUCUCGCCCUACCCUCAGUCGACCGUUUGUUGGAUCAUCCCCGUUCCCUCCGCAGACUUUUUACCUGUCAACAUGUCGUACGAAGAGCGCGCCAAUGCGCACCCUAACCUGGGCGACGAGUCCGAUGUUGAGGAGGAAGCGCUCGUCAACGAUUACCGCGAGCAAGUCAACUUCGACGAUAGCAUGAGCGAACUGGAUCGGACUACAUCCCUUGGAGCUGGCUCUCAGACGCAAGAUCUCCAGGCACAGCUCGCCGCUGCCGCGACCCCGCUUGAAUACCAGGCCACACUGGAGACCAAGUUUGCAAGCUAUGACAACUACUGCAGCCUUUUCCACUACAUCCUCAACUCGGAUGGCCCUGUUGAACUCGAGGUCCCUUCUUACUACUGGGCUUGGGAUGUGAUCGAUGAAUUCAUCUACCAGUUCGAAUCGUUCUGCCGUUACCGCAACCGCGUCGCUCGUAGCGGCUCCAACGAGGAAGAGGCCCAGCUUCUGCGUGAGAACCCGAACACAUGGGGCUGCUACUCCGUGCUCAAUGUUCUUUACUCGCUUAUCCAGAGGUCCCAGAUCAAUGAGCAAUUGGCUGCUAUCAAGCGUGGAGAGGACCCCAUGGCGUUCGCCGGAGAGUAUGGCUCUCGCCCUCUGUACAAGAUGCUCGGAUACUUUUCGAUCAUCGGACUGCUGCGUGUCCACUGCUUGCUAGGUGACUUCAGCCUUGCCCUCAAGACGCUUGACGACAUCGAAAUGAACAAGAAAGCUAUGUUCGCCCGUGUUAUGGCGGCUCACUUCACCACCUACUACUAUGUGGGCUUCUCCUACAUGAUGAUGCGCCGUUACGGUGACGCCAUCCGCAUGUUCAGCCACAUCCUAGUCUACGUCUCCCGGACCAAGAACUUCCAGAAGGGUGGCAACAGCUACGACGCUAUCGCCAAGAAGAACGACCAGAUGUAUGCUCUCAUUGCCAUCUGCGUUGCCCUCCACCCCACCCGUCUCGACGACACCAUCCACUCCGCUCUCCGCGAGAAGUACGGCGAGCAGCUCCACCGUCUCCAGCACGGUGGCCCCGAGGCCCUCCCUCUGUUCGAGGAGCUCUUCCGUUCCGCUUGCCCCAAGUUCAUCAGCCCCACUCCCCCUGACUUCGAGAACCCAUCUGUCAACGUCGACCCCGUCGAUCACCACACGGCUAUCUUCAUGGAUGAGGUCAAGAACACGCUGUACAACCCUACCAUCCGUUCUUACCUGAAGCUGUACACCACGAUGGACCUGCAGAAGCUGGCCGGCUUCCUGGAAGUCGAGCCCGAGAAGCUCCGCUCCUGGCUGUUGGUGAACAAGCAGCGCAGCCGUCAGGUCCGCUGGGUUGAGGGCGGUCUGCUGGAGGGUGAGCCCGUCGCCGCCAACGACCUGGACUAUGCUCUGGAGAAUGACCUCAUCCACGUUAGCGAGACCAAGGCCGGCCGUCGCCUGGUGGACUGGUACCUUCGGAACCUCGCCCGCGUCUACUAAAUUGUCUGAUCCCUUGUCAAGGAAGCAGGCGACAACGCACUCAAAUAUUGAGAUACGUGCUAUGUUCCUGACUGCGCACAUAUAGAGGUACCCCUCGAUAACACAGGGCUCCUCCGACCAAACCGCAGAUAGGAGAGAAAAAACAGAGAGGCAGAACCCGGAGAAGUAGGCGUGAAAAGUGAAACGGUGUGUGAAGAAGUGCGGUGGGGAAGUUAAAUCCAUCCCAUAAUCACACCUCUCAGUCCCCAGCAAUAUCAUGAAUUAUCUUUUGU